UUCCCCAGAACGAGGAGUUAGGGGAAAUGAAGUUGUCUGACAACAGUUAGCCAGCAGAAAUACUUUUUAGGUCACGAGAAAAUAAUUUUGCACGAUAGUGAUGAAGGUCGUUAAUAGGUGUGGUGUAUAGGUUUAGUAUAAGUCUUACACUUCCCACAGGAUAUUUUCAAAACAUUUCGCAGUCACCUUCUGAGCUUGGUGAGUGUUAAAAAAGCUAACGUGCUAAACUAGCCAGCUGCGAGUUUGCUAAUAGCUCGUUGUUUUUAACUGAUAACUGUACUGUUAGCUUGCUACUGAGCUAGCUAGCAACUUUCUGGAAAUUGUAUUUGACUGUGUUGUCGUGGUUUCAUCGACCAAGUGUGUUAUCACAAUUUGAUUCAGAUUAAUGUAGCUAUCUAGCCAAGUUAGCGAGCCAAGAUGAACAUUUGGCUAGCUAGCCAACAAGCUGUCGGUGUCCUAUAAGUUAAUGCACAAUGUCAACAAACUAAGCUAUCUAGCGAACCAAAAUAAAAGUAGCUAGCUAAUCAAUCAUUAGCUCUAACUAAUCCUCAACAAACUCAUUGCCACGGUCUAAUUGAAAGGUAGCAGAAAAUAAUAGGGAUUUAAUCAGCACGUUUAUUGAGUGACACCGGAUAUUACUUAGGAAAAUCACCAAUAACUCAUAAUAGUUUACCAUUUGGCUAUGGGUGUGGAUGGCCCAAUACAGAUAGACACCUAGCUAACUUCCUAACAUGUAAUUCUAACUAUGUAGCUACUUGCAUUCGAUUUGAUCCAGUUGCUAUGAUCUGAUCAUUCUGUUUUCUAUUAUUUGACCACGAGUUAUGUAGCUGGCAAUGUAGCCUACAGCUUAGGCUAGUUAUGGUGAUGAGCAAAUAUGCUAUUGUCAGGACAUGAUUAGUUAGUUACCAUCAGAGCCAUAUAUUAAUACACUACAUGAGGAAAAGUAUGUGGACACCUGCUUGUCGAACAUAUCAUAUCAUUCCAAAGUGCUGCUAUAACAGCCUCCACUCUUCUGGGAAGGCUUUCCACUAGAUGCUGGAACAUUGCUGCGGGGACUUGCUUCCAUUGAGCCAGUGAGGUCUGGCACUGAUGUUGGGCGAUAAGCCUGGCUCGCAGUCGGUGUUCCAAUUCAUCCUAAAGGUGUUAGAUGGGGUUGAGGUCAGGGCUCUUUGCAGGCCAGUCAUGUUCUUCCACACCGAUCUCGACAAACUAUUUUCUGUAUGGACCUCGCUUUGUGCACGGGGGCAUUGUCAUGCUGAAACAGGAAAGUGAUUAAAUAAUAGCGGCGGAGGAGAUGGCAGCUGUUUUACGGGCUCCUAACCAAUUGUGCUAUUUUGUUUUUUUUGUGCAUUAUUUGUAACUUAUUUUGUACAUAAUGUUUCUGCCACCGUCUCUUAUGACCGAAAAGAGCUUCUGGAUAUCAGAACAGCGAUUACUCACCUCGAACUGGACUAAGUCGAGUUGGACGCGAAGGAUUUACUCCAGAUAGCCAACAAGGCCCAAAUCCCCGUCAUUCGUGUGAAGAGAAGACGCAGAUACAGGGGACGCAGGUCCGGGUGCCUUGUGAGAAUUCAUCUGCGAGUGGGUAACCCCGCCUCUACCAUCCGGCCUAUUGGCCAACAUGCAAUCAUUGGAUAAUAAACUCGAUGAGCUUCGUUCAAGACUAUCCUAACAAUGGGACAUUAACUGUAGUAUCUAAUGUUUCAUCGAGUCGUGGCUGAACGACGGCAUGGCUAAUAUACAGUUGGCUGGUUUUUCCUAGCAUCAGCAAGACAAAACAGCUGCCUCCGGUAAGACAAGGGGUAGACCACACUAUUUACCAAGAGUUUUCAUCUAUACUUUUCGUAGCUGUCUAUUUACCACCACAAACCAAUGCUGGAACUAAGACCGCACUCAACGAGCUGUAUAAAGCCAUAAGCAAACAAGAAAAUACUCAUCCAGAGGCGGUGCUCCUAGUGUCCGGGGACUUUAAUGCAGGGAAACCAGCAUGUGCAACAAGAGGGAAAAAAAACUAGACCACCUUUACUCCACACAUAGACAAGAACAAAGCUCUCCCUCGCCCUCCAUUUGGCAAAUCUGACCAUAAUUCUAUCCUGCUGAUUCCUGCUUACAAGCAAAAACUAAAGCAGGAAGUACCAGUGACUUGCUCAAUACGGAAGUGGUCGGAUGACGCAGAUGCUAAGCUACAGGACUGUUUUGCUAGCACAGACUGAAAUAUGUUCCGGGACUCAUCCGAUGGCAUUGAGGAGUAUACCACAUCAGUCACCGGCUUCAUCAAUAAGUGCAUCGAUGACGUUGUCCCCACAGUGACCGUACGUACAUACCUCAACCAGAAGCCAUGGAUUACAGGCAACAUCCGCACUGAGCUAAAGGCUAGAGCUUCCGCUUUUAAGGAGCGGGACUCUAACCCGGACGCUUAUAAGAAAUCCCGCUAUGCCCUCAGACGAACCAUCAAACAGGCGAAGCGUAAAUACAGGAAUAAUAUUGAAUCCUACUACACUGGCUCCGAGGCUCGUCGGAUGUGGCAGGGCUUGCAAACUAUUACAGACUACAAAGGGAAGCCCAACUGGCAAGUGUCUUCACUGACAUUUUCAACCUGUCCCUGGCCAAGUCUGUAAUACCUACAUGUUUCAAGCAGACCACAUAGUCCCUGUCCCCAAGAACACCAACGUAACCUGCCUAAAUGACUACUGACCCAUAGCACUCACGUCUGUAGCCAUGAAGUGUUUUGAAAGGCUGGUCAUGGCUCACAUCAACACCAUCAUCUGAGAAAUCCUAGACCCACUCAAUUUGCAUACCGCCCAGCAGAUCCACAAAUAACGCAAUCUCUAUUGCACUCAACACUGCCCUUUCCCACCUGGACAAAAGGAACACCUACGUGAGAAUGCUGUUCAUUGACUACUGUUCAGCGUUCAACACCAUAGUGCCCUCAAAGCUCAUCACUAAGCUAAGGACCCUGGGGCUAAACACCUCCCUCUGCAACUGGAUCCUGGACAUGCUGACGGGCCGCCCCCAGGUGGUAAGGGUAGGCAAGAACACAUCUGCCAUGCUGAUGCUUAGUCCCCCUCCUGUACUCCCUGUUCACCCAUGACUGCGGGGCCAAGCACGACUCCAACACCAUCAUUAAGUUUUCCGACGACACAACGGUGGUAGGCCUGAUCACCGGCAACGAUGAGACAGCCUAUAGGGAGGAGGUCAGAGACCUGGAAGUGUGGUGCCAGGUCAACAACCUCUCCCUCAGCGUGAUCAAGAAAAAGGAGAGGAUCGUGGACUACAGGAAAAGGAGGACCGAGCACACCCCAAUUCUCAUCGACGGGGCUGUAGUAGAGCAGGUUGAGAGCUUCAAGUUCCUUGGUGUCCACAUCCCCAACAAACUAUCAUUGUCCAAACACGCCAAGACAGUUGUGACGAAGGCAUGACAAUGCCUUUUCCCCCUCAGGACACUGAAAAGAUUUGGCAAUGGUCCUCAGAUCCUCAAAAAGUUCCAAAGACUCCAGCCACCCAAGUCCUAGACUGUUCUCUCUGCUACCGCAUGGCAAGCGGUACCGGAGCGCCAAGUCUAGGUCCGGUAGGUGUCUGAACAGCUUCUACCACCAAGCCAUAAGACUGCUGAACAGCUAAUCACAUGGCUACCCGGACUAUCUACAUUGACGCUGCUGCUACUAGCUGUUUAUUAUCUGUGCAUAGUCACUUUACCUGUACCUACAUGUACAUAUUACCUCAACUAACCUGUACCCCCGCACAUUGACUCGGUACCGGUACCCACAAUAGCCUCCUUAUUGUUAUUUUAAUGUUGCUUUUUUUCUUUUCUUUUUUCUUCAUACCUCUUAUUUUUCGUAACUGCAUUGUUGGUUAAGGGCUUGUAAGUAAGCAUUUCACUGUAAGGUCUACACCUGUUGAAUUCGGCACAUGUGACAAAUAACAUUUGAUUUGAAAGGGCCUUCCCAAACUGUUGCCACAAAGUUGGAAGCACCGAAUCGUCUAGAAUGUAUGCUGUAGCGUGAAGAUUUCCCUUCACUGGAAAUAAGGGUCCUAGCCCAAACCAUGAAAACAGCCCCAGACCAUUAUUCCUGCUCCACCAAACUUUACAGUUGUCACUGCAUUGGGGAAGGUAGCGUUUUCCUGGCAUCCGCCAAACCCAGAUUUGUCCGUCAGACUGCCCGAUGGUGAAGUGUGAUUCAUCACUCCAGAGAACUAAUUUCCACUGCUCCAGUAUUUGUAUUUAUUAAGGAUCCCCAUCAGUUACUGCCAAGGCAGCAGCUACUCUUCCUGGGCUCCAGCAACAUUAAGGCAGUUAUAUACAAUUUAAAAUAUUACAUUACAUUUCAUAACACUUUUCACAACACAUUAAGUGUGUUCCCUCAGGCCACUACUCUACUUUCACAUAUCUACAAUACAAAAUCCAUAUGUACGUGUCUGUAGAGUGCGUGUCUUAUGUGUCUCUUCACAGUCCCCGCUGUUCCAUAAGAUGUAUUUUUAGGUUUUAAAAAAUCUGAUUCUACUGCUUGCGUCAGUUACAUGAUGUGGAAUAGAGUUCCAUGUAGCCAUGGCUCUAUGUAGUACUGUGCUUCCCGUAGUCUGUUCUUGACUUGGGGAUUGUGAAGAGACCUUUGGUGGCAUGUCUUGUGGGGUAUGCAUGGGUGUCCGAGCUGUGUGCUAGUAGUUUUAAACAGACACCUCGGUGCAUUCAGCAUGUCAACACUUCUUACAAAAACAAGUAGUGCAAUGGCGGCGAGCUUUACCCAUUUCCAGCCAACGCUUGGCAUUGCGCAUGGUGAUCUUAGGCUUGUGUGCGGCUGCUCGGCCAUGGAAACCUUUUCCAUGAAGCUUCCGACGAACAGUUAUUGUGCUGACGUUGCUUCCAGAGGCAGUUUGGAACUCGGUAGUGAGUGUUGCAACCGAAAACCGAGAUUUUUAUGUGCUACUCACUUCAGCACUCGCUGGUCCCGUUCUGUGAGCUUAUGUGGCCUACCACUUUGCGGCUGAGCUGUUGUUGCUCCUAGAUGUUUCUAUUUCACAAUAACAGCACUUACAGUUGACCGGGGCAGCUCUAGCAGGGCAGAAAUGUGAAGAAAUAGCCGAAUCCCCUAAGCCGAGUCCACCUACUUUUGUAUAUAUAGUUGAUAUGGCUCUGGUUACCGUAGUGUACUGUAAUGUGUGUAACGUCAUCACUUAGACUGUGUGCAUUUUUCAGUGAAGGCAUAGGCCAUGAUCUCAGUCAGACCUUGUGUGCUGUAGUUUAAUAUCAAAGCAGUUUAUUCACGUAAUAGCUCAUCAUUCGUCUGUUAUCAAUUUUAUCCAAAGUGAAAGCGGUGCCUUUUUUACAUUCUACAUCCAGACUCAACUCAUCACCUACUCAUCAUGCCUUUCCCCUUCGGGAAGUCUCAGAAGAGCCCAGCAGAGAUUGUGAAGAGUCUGAAGGAGAACGUGGCUUACUUGGAAAAGCUGGAUGCGGCAGAAAGCAAAAAAUGUGAAAAGGUCAGGUGAUACCUAUGGACUGCUGUUUUGAGAGCACACUAGAAAUUGUCUGUUCGCAUUUGUUAGUUAAAGUUGGUCUCUAACAUUUGAGCAUCCAGACAGCAGCUUCAUAUAGCAAUGCCGUGAGAGUCAUUGGAAGCGUCCGAAAUGGCACCCUAAUCCCUAUAUAGUGCCCUACUUUUGACCAGAGCCCUAUAUGGGUUUUGGUUAAAAGUAAUGCACUAUAUUAUAGGGUGCCAUUUCAGAUGCAGCCCCUGAUUUAACUAAGUGUUGUUCCCUCAUAUCUUCUUGUCUCCAGGUUGCAGAAGAGGUGUCUAAGAACCUGUCAUCGCUGAAAGAGGUGCUGUGUGGUACAGGAGACAAGGAGCCCCAAACGGAGGCUGUGGCCCAACUGGCCCAGGAGCUGUACAACACCAACCUCCUUAUUGCUCUCAUUGCAAACCUGCAGAGGAUUGAUUUUGAGGUGGGGAAAUGUUCUACCCAUUUAGCUUUGUGUGGGGGGGAAAUGUAUUAUUUAUACUACUGUAGUCCAUAGUGGAUGUAUGAAUCAAUACAGAAGAGGGAGGAGCAUAAAGACACAAUGUGACACAUCAGCACUCAUUCCCACUGUUUGAUUGAAAUGUUUGAGAGGUCCGCACACAGAAUAUUUCUGCUCCCCAGUGCUUUAUUCCUGCACCCAAAUGCAGAGUGCAGGAAUAAAGCACUGGAGAGCGACAGUAUUCUAUGUGGGCCUCUCAUUCCUUUUAUCUCAGUAUUUUUUUUAAGUUGUGCACCGUCCUAUUCUUCAUUAAUUGGAAUGUUUCUCAUCAUUGACCACCAGGGAAAGAAGGAUGUGGUCCAGCUGUUCAGCAACAUUGUACGGCGUCAGAUUGGCACCCGUACGCCCACGGUUGAGUAUAUCUCCUCACACCCACAGAUCCUCUUCAUGCUGCUGAAAGGGUGAGUCUCAAAGCUGCCCAUCUGCCAUCUGUUAGAUCAGUAGACCAGAUAAGCAAGAGGCAUGGAUUUAUCUAUUUUAUUUAGGUUUUGUCCCCAUUUAAGUGACUUUUUAGGCAUUUAACUCCCCUGUUUGUUCAUUUACAGAUAGGGCUGUUGCGGUGACCGUAUUACUGCCACACCGGCAGUCAUGAGUCAUGACCCCAGUAAAAUUCCACGUGACCGUUGAGUCACGGUAAUCUCCUCUUAUGCACUCUGGACAUGCGUUGGUAGUACCGAUCUCGCUAACGACCAUCAGGUCGCUAAUGGCCUGGUACUCUGCGCUUUAUUGUCCCUCUAACGACUCUGACAUCAAUGCAAAUACAAUCGAAAAUAACAUCAAACACUUACCAAAACAGUAUCAUGCUUUUAAAACUCACCUCACCUCACUGUGAUCGAUCAAUUUGAAGAAAGAAGUUCAACAACCGGUUGAAACUGAGUGGAAAACAUGGUCGUUGUGGAUGUUGUUUCACAUUUUUACACAACAAAAUGGACAGCGCUUUCUAAGGUGAUGAUUAAUUCAAAACGCUAGUGUUAUUAGAGCUUAUGCAUACGCAUAGGCCUAUAUACAGUGGGGGGAAAAAGUAUUUAGUCAGCCACCAAUUGUGCAAGUUCUCCCACUUAAAAAGAUGAGAGGCCUGUAAUUUUCAUCAUAGGUACACGUCAACUAUGACAGACAAAAUGAGAAAAAGAAAUCCAGAAAAUCACAUUGUAGGAUUUUUUAUGAAUUUAUUUGCAAAUUAUGGUGGAAAAUAAGUAUUUGGUCAAUAACAAAAGUUUCUCAAUACUUUGUUAUAUACCCUUUGUUGGCAAUGACACAGGUCAAACGUUUUCUGUAAGUCUUCACAAGGUUUUCACACACUGUUGCUGGUAUUUUGGCCCAUUCCUCCAUGCAGAUCUCCUCUAGAGCAGUGAUGUUUUGGGGCUGUCGCUGGGCAACACAGACUUUCAACUCCCUCCAAAGAUUUUCUAUGGGGUUGAGAUCUGGAGACUGGCUAGGCCACUCCAGGACCUUGAAAUGCUUCUUACGAAGCCACUCCUUCGUUGCCCGGGCGGUGUGUUUGGGAUCAUUGUCAUGCUGAAAUACGCAGCCACGUUUCAUCUUCAAUGCCCUUGCUGAUGGAAGGAGGUUUUCACUCAAAAUCUCACGAUACAUGGCCCCAUUCAUUCUUUCCUUUACACGGAUCAGUCGUCCUGGUCCCUUUACAGAAAAACAGCCCCAAAGCAUGAUGUUUCCAUCCCCAUGCUUCACAGUAGUUAUGGUGUUCUUUGGAUGCAACUCAGCAUUCUUUGUCCUCCAAACACGACAAAUUGAGUUUUUACCAAAAAGUUAUAUUUUGGUUUCAUCUGACCAUAUGACAUUCUCCCAAUCCUCUUCUGGAUCAUCCAAAUGAACUCUAGCAAACUUCAGACGGGCCUGGACAUGUACUGGCUUAAGCAGGGGGACACGUCUGGCACUGCAGGAUUUGAGUCCAUGUCGGCGUAGUGUGUUACUGAUGGUAGGCUUUGUUACUUUGGUCCCAGCUCUCUGCAGGUCAUUCACUAGGUCCCCCCGUGUGGUUCUGGGAUUUUUGCUCACCGUUCUUGUGAUCAUUUUGACCCCACGGGGUGAGAUCUUGCGUGGAGCCCCAGAUCGAGGGAGAUUAUCAGUGGUCUUGUAUGUCUUCCAUUUCCUAAUAAUUGCUCCCACAGUUGAUUUCUUCAAACCAAGCUGCUUACCUAUUGCAGAUUCAGUCUUCCCAGCCUGGUGCAGGUCUACAAUUUUGUUUCUGGUGUCCUUUGACAGCUCUUUGGUCUUGGCCAUAGUGGAGUUUGGAGUGUGACUGUUUGAGGUUGUGGACAGGUGUCUUUUAUACUGAUAACAAGCUCAAACAGGUGCCAUUAAUACAGGUAACGAGUGGAGGACAGAGGAGCUUCUUAAAGAAGAAGUUACAGGUCUGUGAGAGCCAGAAAUCUUGCUUGUUUGUAGGUGACCAAAUACUUAUUUUCCACCAUAAUUUGCAAAUAAAUUCAUUAAAAAUCCUACAAUGUGAUUUUCUGGAUUAUUUUUUUCUCAUUUUGUCUGUCAUAGUUGACGUGUACCUAUGAUGAAAAUUACAGGCCUCUCUCAUCUUUUUAAGUGGGAGAACUUGCACAAUUGGUGGCUGACUAAAUACAUUUUUCCCCCACUGUAAAAGCCCAAGCUAAUUUUUUUUAUAAAAACAGAAUAAAAAUAAUGAUUGUGCUGUUAUACAAUAUAUAGCCUAAUAGCAUGCCGUAUAUUACGCACGGCAGAAAAACAUAAAGGAUAAAGAUUUAAGAUUUCUUUGGUACAUAAUUGGUCUAGCCUAUACUCAAAUGUAACAAAUUCUAGCAAUCGCCUUUGCGUGUGGACUGUUAUGCAUACUGGAUGGACUGAUUACCUUACCAAACUUUCUAUCCAUGAGUUUGGGAGAGAACGUAUAGGCCUAGGCAAUGCUAUUGGUUCAUUGAUUGUGGAGAGCGCCUUACAGAGUUAGUGGACAAUUUAUAGUGAAUUAGAUUUUGAAUAGCCUAGGAAUAGGGCAAUUUUUAAAAUUUUCAUAAUGAAUAGGCUUACACAUUACCUUUUACCUACAGAAUAUCUCACCACUGUGCGUUUCCUCUCUCUCCUUUAUGCCUUUCUCAAGUGCGCAGAGAGAAGGGCUAUCAAUUUUUUUUUAAUGAAAUAUGUUUUGUUUGAAGACUUAUUACUAUCGAUGUUCCUGAACAAAUUUCACUUGGUUUUCCAAAUUAAGCACUGGGGAGCUGCAGGAACAGGUUUGGAGAGCCCAUGGCAUACAGCGUUUCACCUGUCGUGCAGUGAGAGGCUGCAUGCUCCUCAAACAGUGGUUGUUGUGUGGAGUGAAAUAAGUGUUCUUAUAAGCCCAGACAUUUCUAUAUGCAAUCCUGUGAAAGCAGAGUUUUGAUGGCUGCCACAACAAAGAGGAGGGUCCCAGCUGCUACUAUAUUUAUUUCUCAGCUGCUCAUAUUAAGCACAUGCUCUGCGGUAAAACUGGAGUAGACUACCCGGCAUGAUUGGAAAAACGAACAGAGUGCAAGCUUCUUUUUUUUUUGCGACUUUCUCAAAUCAUCAAUAGCCUAUAGUCGCAGCAUGCAGCCCAUAUUUGUUUUGAUUUCAAAGACAUUCUAAGGUUUGUAUCAUUCACAACUAAAGUUGCCAAAUAACUCUAAAUCUAGUGAAUAGGACUUCAAAUUAUCACUUUUACGCUCAACAUAGCCUCUUCAACAUAGCCGGAAUGGGAAAAAUAUCCUUUCUAUUUUAUUCAGCUAAAUUCAAUUAUUCUUCUUAAUAUAAAAAAAAUGGCACUUAUUAGCAAAUAUUGUCUGCUAAAUGAACUAGCCUAUUGAAUGGCGCAUAGCCAGAUAACAUACAGUAGGCCAACUCAUUCUGUUCUUCUGAAAUACAUUUUCUUCAUAUCAUAAUGUUUCUUUAUACCUGCCUAAAAUAAAUAAUGGAUUUAUUGUGAUGGUGUAUAUUAAAUCGAUUUAUUAGACUUUUUAAAAAAUGUCGAUGUUCCAAAGGCGCGCAUAUGCGGCUUGGAGGCCUGGAGAUGCUAAACGUGUUUGUUAAUUAACGGUCAAUUACCGUGAGACCGGCAGACAUUUGCAUGACAAUAACCGGCUGACAAAAUGUCAUGACCGCCACAUCCCUAUUUGCAGACCCACGUGCAUACAAUCGCAACAGAUGUAAUAAUCACCAACAAAACACACCUACGUAGUAGUGUUGAGCACUACUGACAUGAAUCCCACCUUUGCAGGUACGAGAGUGCGGAGGUGGCUCUGAAUUGUGGGAUGAUGCUAAGGGAGUGCCUGCGUCAUGAGCCCCUGGCACGCAGCGUUCUCUUCUCGGAGGACUUCUACUGCUUCUUCCGCUAUGUAGAGCUCUCCACCUUCGACAUCGCCUCAGACGCUUUCGCUUCAUUCAAGGUACACUGCUGCUUUUCUCACUUCUUUAUGUCCUAUAAAGUAAGCCUUGUCCGAGCCAGAACGGUUCCUGCCCUAUGACCAACCUCUUGGAUCGUGAGGCAGCUUGAUGUACAAGUACAUCCCCUGGACAGGACGUUAGCACUAGUGUGCUUAGUAUGAUCUGUUUUUUCUAUGUUAUCUAAUAUCCUGUUAUUUUCUCUCAAAUGUGUUGCUAGGAUCUUCUCACGAGACAUAAGAUUAUGUGCGCAGAUUUUCUGGAGACCAAUUAUGACAGGGUGUUUACAGAAUAUGAGAAGCUCCUGCAUUCUGAGAAUUAUGUCACCAAACGGCAGUCCCUGAAGGUACUCUAUCUCACCUGUUUGAUGCUUCAUGGUAUCACUUUGUCCGUUUUAAGUUUUGACCUCUCACGUGACUUUCUUCUGUAACUGAAAUAUCUUCCUAACUUAUCCUAAAAGCAAUGAUGACCCUCCUUUUAUAUUACUAACCAAACUGUUUUGCAGCUCCUGGGAGAGCUUCUUCUGGACAGACAUAACUUCACUGUGAUGACCAAGUACAUCAGUCGUGCCGAGAACUUGAAGCUGAUGAUGAACAUGCUGCGAGACAACAGCCGCAACAUCCAGUUUGAGGCCUUCCAUGUCUUCAAGGUGUGUAGAAAUGUUUUAUUAAUGGAGAGGCCAAGGGUACAGAUUCUGGUCUCUGCUUGUCCUACUUUCCACUGUUUUGGUUACUUGACCUAAAAUGCAUGUUGUUCACAUUUCCAUCCCCUAAUCUACCGUUCUCAGUCUUCAUAGAGGAUGCAGAAAUAUUCAUGCUGCCUUUAAAACGUAGUAAUAACUUCAUACUGUUAUAUUAUUUUAAAUACAUUAUUCCAUUAACAUAUACUAAGGUAUACAUUUACCAGUUAACCAACUAGAAUAUAUGUCAGGCUAUGGCACUGUCACGCUGUAGCGCUAUUCAAUUCAAACACUGUUCUGUCCGGUCUCGUCCUAGGUGUUUGUGGCCAACCCCAACAAGACUCAGCCUGUGCUGGACAUCCUGCUGAAGAACCAGACCAAGCUGGUGGACUUCCUGAGCCACUUCCAGACAGAUCGCUCCGAGGACGAGCAGUUCUGCGACGAGAAGAACUACCUAAUCAAGCAGAUCCGCGACCUGAAGAGGCCCCCGCCACCAGAGGAGGCAUGAGGGGACAGGCAGGGGGACGCCAGUUCAGAGGGCGAGAGUGAGAAUGAUGGUGAGAGCGAGAGAGGCAUGCUUGACUAGAAUCCAUUACUCUUCCCUUCUCUUAACUUCAAACAUAGGCAAAAUAUAUUGUACAAACUCCCUCCUCAUCCCUUUUUAAGUUUCUAAUGCUCAUGUGGGAACGGAGGUGAUUUUUAAGGCGCACCCAACAAGUGACCCAAGAACAGUUAUUUAAACCAUAGAGCAAUUUCAGCCAAUUGGUAUGAAUCAAUGCACUUAGUCAGAUGAUGUUAUAUUGGACCUUAAACACACCAUUAUUCUCUUUUAAUAAGCACAGCAGCACACCUGAGCAAUCCCUGGGAAAUUAGAAUACAUGGUCAACAUAAAACAGAAUACACUCUCCGACAACAGGCAAAGACUCCCCAAACCUUACAGGAAAUGUAAAAUGGAUUUGCAAGCUUUUAAAGACCGAUAUCCUAUAUGAUAUUUUAGGAACUAGAAUUUUUAAAUAAAUAUAUUAUUUUGCUGGGGUAGUUAACAUUUAUUUUGUAACUGUCUUGAUUCUGACACCACACUUAACUAAUUCCAUAAUAUCUUGGUUUAUUGCUUUAUUUAAGAGCUCUUUCGUUGAUCCGGGACUUUUACUAUAUGGAUGACCUUAGUGGUAUUAUUCUUUGCUUGGUAUAGACACUUUGAUCGAAGUAGGUAAUUGUAAUCUUUAGUUGCGUCAGUUGUCCUAAUAGGAUCCAUCAGAGAUUACAGUAACAAAAAAUAUGAAAACAUGAAUCAAUGAGAUUUGUGAGGUAUGGGCCAGGCUAGUGGACUAAAAUAGACAGUGUCAGAUAACGCUGCAGGGUGACUGUAGGCAGCCAUCCAUUCUUUACUCUGAUUGAUCCCAAUGCUAGCGCUCUCUUUUUCUCCGCCCGGAUGCUCGCUAGUUUUCAUAUGCAGUUAGGAACUGGUGUAAGAUGGGAAGGUGUUUUUUCUUUUAGAAAUGAUCACUUAAUAAUAAUAAUAUUGCUUUGCAGACAUCUGAUAAGAUGUAUCCUCCCAACAAUGUUACUAACACAUAGUAUCUUAUCGGACAAGAAUAAUACAACACAAAAGUAACACUAUAAUGUUUCAGAGCAGCAGAAUCUGCCAGAGUUCUGAUACUCCUAAAAUGCUAGUAAGCAUGGGCUUCCAUGAGCUGCAUGUUGUAUUUCAGGCCUCACUCUCACGCAGUCAGACACACUGGUCAGGAAGCCAUUGCAGAGGCCUUUAAACACAUUAAAUGAUCCACAUAAUGACCUGCAUUGUCAAACUUGAAUGAGCCAAUUGGGAUGAUUUAUGUUGAAUCCAAUGCACCUAAUUGGUCACAUUCUCUCAAUGGGGGGUUUGACUCAUGGUUAGGACCUAUCAAUACCUCUAUCAAUAAUUACAUUGUAUGUUGUCCAGAUGAACAAAAAAAUAGGAUUAUCAUGAAAUAACAUAAUGUUUGCCUUACCUGGUGUCACUUAAAUUGCAUAAUAACAGAUUACAUAAAUAUAUGGUGUCUGUUUGCACAAUUCUAGUAUAUACCUCAUGGGGUUUUGAGUUCAUAAGUGCUGUGUUCUCUAUUUUCCUUGACAAUAUAUUUUAUUUGAUAUUUUGGAUAAACAGCAGUGGUUUGUAUUAUGAAUGCUAAAUAAAUCAAUGUUUUUGUUUGAAUUUAAGCAGGGAGUGGGACCUGGUUUUCUCUUAGGGGAAAGACUUUUCAACUAAAUGUAUUUGUUGGGUGCCUCAUGUCAAUUCAUAAUGAAUUACAGGAUUGGCCCCACAAAAGUAUGAAUGUUUCCUUACUUUCAGAAUUUUUAUUUGAUUGUGAAGACCAUCUAUGUGGAGGUAUAGACCUCUCAAUUUUCUUAACCAAAGGUAAUUUGAGGGAGAA